AAGGAACUGGUAAUUUUCAUUCAAUUCAUACCUUGACGAUUUUUGAUGUGGUUUAUCGAAUUUCGCUGAAAUGAAAUGAUAAUAAUAAAGAAGAAAAUAACCUACUACUGUUUAGUUGAAAAUAAUGGCCACUGAUGAGGUUCUUUCAUCAAGGACAUUAAACAACAACCUCGACAAAAAAACAAUAGUUCCAGAACAGCAAAACAUAACCAGAGAUAAAUGGAGCAAUAAAGCUGAAUUUCUGCUUUCCUGUAUAGGCUUAUCAGUAGGAAUUGGAAAUGUAUGGAGAUUUCCGUAUCUUGCGUAUAAAAAUGGUGGAGGAGCUUUUCUUGUUGCAUACAUCGUACUAUUGGUAUUGGUUGGUAAACCCCAUUUUUUUGCUGAGUUAGCACUCGGCCAAUUUUCAAGCUGUGGGUCAGUAAGGAUUUGGAGAUGUUUCCCUAUAGCAAAGGGGGUAGGCAUUGCUAUGAUAAUUAUUUCAGUAUUAAUAGCUAUUUAUUACAAUGUUAUUAUGGCUUAUACGUUGUAUUAUAUCGGACAGUCAUUCAGAGCUCAAGUGCCAUGGCAAGAGUGCCAAAACUGGUGGGGUGCCGAUGAGGGCUGCUACGUUCGCAAAAACAAUCAGACAUCUUGCUGGGAAAUUCCAGAUUUGUUUUCGUCUACUUAUAAUACUUCCACUGAUGUCAAUGCAACUGUAGUUACAAAUGAUACAUGGAAGGAUAAAAUAAUCACAACAUCAAUUCUGGAAUAUCAAAAUGCCUUAAAUGCUUGCAGCAAUGGAACUCAAACAGCCUCAGAGCAAUUCUGGGAGCGGUAUGUUCUUCAACUUACACCCAGUAUCGAUAAUCUUGGAACCAUCAAGUGGGAUUUAGCUUUAACUCUUCUCUUCUGUUGGAUAAUUGUAUUUUUAGGUUUAUUGAAAGGAAUAAAGUCUUCUGGAAAAGUAGUAUACUUCACAGCAACAUUCCCUUACGUAAUACUAAUAAUUUUACUUAUUUAUGGAUGUACAUUGAAUGGAGCUUUAGAAGGAAUAAAAUAUUUCGUAAUUCCAGAUUGGAGACAACUGCUUAAAAUUCAGGUUUGGAGAGCAGCUGCUGAACAACUUUUAUUUUCCUUGAGUAUCGGUUGUGGCAGCCUAAUCAUGUAUGCAAGCUACAAUGAGUUUGAAAAUAAGCUGUACAUGGAUGCAAUGCUAGUUAGCUCAUUAGAUUUCAUAACGAGCUUAAUAGCUGGUAUUGUGAUAUUUUCAGUGCUUGGUAAUAUGUCAACUGAAAUGGGUAUUGACAUCAGCAAAGUAGCAAAAGGUGGACAAGGAUUAGCAUUUGUAACGUAUCCAGAGGCAAUUGCAAGACUUCCCUUACCCCAAUUAUGGUCUGUCUUGUUCUUUUUUAUGCUCUUCUUACUUGCUAUAGACAGUGAAUUCUCGUACCUUGAAAAUUUCUUUACUGCCAUUUAUGAUAAAUAUCCUCAUUUGAAAAGUAAAAAAGUAUUGAUUACUUUUAUUUCCUGUUUGACAUUCUUUUUAUUAGGUCUUCCAUGCGUUACACAGGGUGGUCAAUAUGUACUGAAUUUGAUGGAUACCUAUGCUGGUGGUUAUGCAGGGAUAUUUAUUGCCACCAUUGAAAUAAGUGCACUUAUGUGGGGUUACGGAGCUGAUCGUUUUGCUGAUGACAUAGGAUUUAUGUUAGGCUUUACACCUGGGAUUUAUUGGAGAAUAUGCUGGAAAUACAUAAGUCCUACUGUUCUUUGGUUUGUAUUAAUUUAUAGUUUGGGAACUCAUUCUAUUAUAACUUAUGGAGGAAAGCCAUAUCCUAAAUGGGCUGAAGGUAUCGGAUGGCUAAUGAUUGCUGUAUCAGUAUUACAAAUUCCUAUAUGGGCACUUAUACAGCUGUACAGGUACAAAGACGAUAUCAGAAGUGUUUUUCAGCCUGAUCCAGAUUGGGGUCCUUUGGAACCUAAAAUUCUGCAACAAUAUAAAAAUAGAAAUUCUAUUUUUGUGGCUGACAAAGGAAUACCAGAACAAGGCAUUAUUAAUCUUGGAAUGGUGAUGUUACCGGAAGAUUGCUCUAUAACAAUUCAAAAAUAAAAUGCAUAUUGUAACUCGGACUAAGUCAAUCGUGUCUCAUGAAUCCCGAUAUUCAACAAAAAUAUAAAUUCUAUUUUUGUAGCUGACAGAGGAAUACCAGAACAAGGCAUUAUUAAUCUUGGAAUUGUGAUGUUACCGGAAGAUUGCUCUAUACUAAUUCAAAAAUAAAAUGCAUAUUGUAAUUCGGACAAAGUCAAUCGGGUCUCAUGAAUCCGGAUAUUCGACAAAAAUACAAAAACAGAAAUUCUAUUUUUGUACUUGGUGAUGAAAUACUAGAACAAAGCAUUAUUAAUAAUGGAAUAAUGCUACAUGAAGACUCCUUCAUAACAAUUCACAAAUAGAAUGUCAGCUGCAACUCAGAAUGAUACGGGUUGGGGUCAUACGUUGCGUAUCCAAACAUUCGAUAUCAAUACGGAUAUUCUAUUUUUGUUGCUGACAGUGAAAUAUUAAAACAAUGUGUUAUUAAUAUUAGAAUGAUGAUGCUACUUAAAAACAAAUCAUAACAAUUCACAAAUAGAAUGUAACUUAUCAAAACGGGGAUCUUCUGAUCGGAACAUUCAGAAACGGAACAAAAACAGAAAUUCUAAAUUUUGCAGUUCACAGUGAAUUAGAACACCACAACAAGUACAUCAGAAUAAGGCAUGGAAGAUAUUGGUAAGGAAAUAUUCCCCGGUAAACUACUUCAUAAUGACUCACAAAUAGAAUGUGAGUUGUAACUCAGGCUGAUUCAGCUUUGUGAUCCAUGGAUCUAAACGUUCCAUAACGAUUAAAAAAUAGAAAUUCUAAUUUUGUUGCUGACAGUGAAAGAUCAUACACCACAACAAGGCAUUAUGAAUAUUGGGGUGAUGUUGUUACUUGUUACUCAUUUAUUCACAAAUAUAAUGUGAGCUUUAACUAAAUGAGUUAAGCAAAAUUAGAUUAUUGUGAAUGUUAAAUUAAAAGUUUGUGAGAAUGGUAUGAAAUUCGGAGGACAAUGUUUAAUGGUAUUUCAGUAUUUUAAAAGAGCUUAUGUACAACUUAUUUGAAAUGUUGGAAUUAAAUUUUAGAAACAACGAAAUAUUUUUAAUAAAAAAUUCUUUUUUUCUAAAA